GGUAGUCAGGGAAGGAAGCAAAUGCUGCAUUGAUCGCUGUGUGGUAUAUGUAGUUGCUGCAGCUCUUGUUUUUUGCUACUGCUCUACUCACAAACGUUACUCGCUGCUGUUAACGACCACUGUGAGGGUGCGGAUGCACGCACGUAUAUAACACAUAGGCACCAACUGCAAGAGUGACGCCGGAAACGUACAUGAUAGUCGGUCAGUCGACGCAUUUCUGGUUGCCCAUUUGUGGUUUACGUAGGAAUCUUCCAGAUUACUAAUUUUGAAAAUGGGACAACAUUUGAGCCUGAAAAGGCGUCGCAACAUGAGCACAGGUGCUGCUACUGCUUCUGCUACAUCUGCAACCUCUAUUACUUCCACUGCAGGAGCAGCUAAUGCUAUCGAGAGCCAGAAGCUUGGCGACGAAACUGUGGUGUCAAGUCCUCGAGUAGAAGCAGCAGAUGAUGAUGACACCAUUGAUGAACCUCCAAAAAUCCAACAAGGAAACCGGCGACGUCUUGCAGUUAGCGCAGAGGUACCCGAUGAAAAUGAAGCUGCAAAUUAUGAUAAAGUAGUGAUACCUAAAGAUGAUGAAACUCGAAGGGCACUGGAAGCAGCAAUGUGCAAAAAAUAUCCUUUUUUCGCAUCUUGA